AUGUGCCAGAGUGGUUACAAGAUACCAUACGAAAAAGAUAAACUCUGGGGCGACACUACUUAUGAACUACCAAAUGACGAGAAACUGAUCAGACAAGAGAUCUUGAAAAACGGACCAGUUGUUGCUACAUUCAUAGUAUAUACCGAUUUCUUCUACUACAAAGAAGGAAUCUAUACGCAUACGGCUGGCAAGAAGGAAGGAUCGCAUGCUGUCAAGGUUAUUGGCUGGGGUACCGAAAAUGGAGUGGACUAUUGGUUACUGGCUAAUUCUUUCAAUACUGACUGGGGAGAGGAUGGCGGAUACUUCCGCUUCCUACGUGGAAAAGACCAUUGUGGCAUUGAGUCGAAAAUGGUUGCAGGAACGAUGAAAGUAGCACAAAAAGCAGAUAAAUGA